AUGGCGUCCGACGCGGCGGACCCGUGCCCGCAGCGUCGGCGAGCCGCGCUCGAUCCGCCCCCCGAUCGCCCGCGCGCGGGAGGCGACCUCCUCGACGCGUUUCGGGGGGCGCCGCCGGCGCCUUCCUCGGGGCGAGACGACAACUCGAGGCGCGAGGACUCGACGUCGCCGCCGGACGCGCCGCCGCGGACGCGCGCGCGCGCGUCGCCGUCACCGUCGCCGUCGCAGCCGAUCACCCCGCCCGCGCCGCCGCGCUCGCCCCGCGACGCCGCCGACGUCGACGUCGCGUACGGCGACGAGCCGUCGGACCUGCGCGCGUCGAACGCGCGGCGCCUCGACGCGCUGCGACGCGCGGUCCUCGAGCUCGAGGCGCAGUUUCGCUGGGACGCGCAGCAGCCGACGUGGGAUCAGUGCAAAGAUCACUGGCGCGGACGCGUUCGGGAUCUCGUCCCGUGCGCGAACGCGUGCCCCUCCUUGUCGCGGAUCUUCAGCGACGUGGAGGCGUCCAUAUCCUUGAACGCGCAAGAGGACGAGUGGUUCCAGGUGCACCGAACGACGUGGCUCGAGCGCCUCAAGUUCCUGAAGUUCGGUUCCGCGCGGGUGCUCGAUCGAGUGGCGAGGGUCGUGAUCCACCCCGAAGAAGAAGAAGCCGCCGAAGACGCGUACAAAACCCCGUGGUACCUUCACUGGGCCCUCUGCGUCUACGGCGUCCAGAUUCUCAUGCUGUACGGGAGCGUGAAAUCGAUCGGAUGGAAACCCCUGGAACACGGCGGGUGGACCGACGCCGAGGCGAGCGAUUGGGUGAACCGGGUGACAGAGCUCGUCGACGUGCCGACGGACCGGCCGCCGCAGCUCUGUCGGUCCGUCAUCGAGGUUAGCGCCGUCGACGCCAUGAACACGCUCGCCCGAGCGUGUUCGAUGCGCCUGUUGUCCCGUCGCGGCGGCGUGCACGUCGCGCUCUUGGAAGAGUACGCCGCGUUGCGAUCGCAGAUCAUCGUGUUCAGCUCGGUGAACGGCGACCGCGCGUUCGCGACCCGGCAGACGAGCCAACGCGCCGACGCGAUCGCGACGGCGUGGGCGGUGCAUCGUAAGCACCGCGAAGAGCGUCGCCGCGUCGUCGUCGAGCGCGCGGCGGUCUCCAGCGACGACGACGAGGCGUACCAGUCCGUCGACGACGAGGACGGAAGGGACCGGGACCAGUACGACGAGGACGAGGACGACGACGACGACGAGGACGACGACGACGACGACGACGUCGACGACGUCCUCGGCCGCGGUCCGAACCGCGUCGACAGGGUCGUCCGCUCCACGUUCGGCGAAGACGCGUGGCGCGAGUACGAAGCGCGCGCGUCGCACGGGCGCGUCACGCCCUCCCCAGAUUUUGACCCGGUCAUCAGACGCGUCGCGCGCGCGGCGACGCGGCGACGCGGCGACGCGCUCGCUCCCGACCACCGCGAGCUCCUCGAAGACGUUCGAAGAGACGUCGAGACGGCGCGCCGCGCGUUGGAGCGAAGCCGCCGCGACCGCGACCACGACCGCGAUCGCGACCGCGAACGCGACCGCGAACGCGACUACCCGAUGGCGGUGUCCGCGGCGUUGGAGCGAAGCCGCCGCGACCGCGACCGCGAACUGGAACUCGAACGCGGCCGCCGCGCGCUCGAGGCGUAUCGCGUCGAGGAGCGUCAACUCGCGGCCGCGGCGGAGGCGUCCAUGCGCGAGGUAUCGGCCGCGCCGUCCGCGCAGGCCGCGGCGGAGGCGGCGUCCGCCGCCGCGCGCGCCGCGGAGGCCACCGCGGACGCGUUCCGCCGCCGCGAGCUGCCGCACGUCUCCACGCCUGAGGAGUGCGCGGACGCCGUCAUCGCCGCCGCGCAAGAGGUCUACGCGCGCGCGGGCGUGCCCUAUCCCGCGUCGUUCCCGCAGCAGACGACGGCGGCGGCGGCGUUCGUCGCGACGAUCGAGGACCGCCGCGCGCUCGAGGCGUAUCGCGUCGAGGAGCGUCAACUCGCGGCCGCGGCGGAGGCGUCCAUGCGCGAGGUAUCGGACGCGGACGACGCGGACGACGCGGACGACGACGAAGACGACGAGCGUUCGCGAUCGCGGCUGACGAGCCCGGACUCGCGCCCGCCCGAGGACGUCGAGCGGCUCGUCGCCGGGCUCUCCGCGCAGCUCGAGGACGCGAGGGACGCGCUCGAGAUCGCGGAGAACGAGCUCACGUGCCAAAUUUGCUUCGAGGAGCGGCGAGACGCGGUGUUGAUGCCGUGCAUGCACAUGUUGUAUUGCGUCGGGUGCGUGGAUCGGGUCGCGACGGAGGCGAUGCGCUCGGGGCAGCCGGAUCGGUGCCCGUGUUGCCGGCAGAGCGUGUGCGGGGUGCUGCGGUGUAAGGCGUCCGCGCGGGGGGGGUGA